AUGGACCGGGAGCAGGAAAACCGGUUGCGAGUUCCAACUGAUCGGAACAUACAGAAAGAGGUCACGAUGUUGGGAUCUAUGGGUCAUCCGUCCCUAAUGAGGCUGACUCUAGAAGAAGAGAGGACGUUGGAGCAACUGACGUACCAGAAUAUGAAACAACAAGACAUUCUUACUAUCAUUAAAGAGCAGAACCCUGAGAAUGUCUCAACAAGAAACACCAUAUACAACGCUCGUGCCAAAUUAGGUCGAAUUGAGCAAGUUGGCGAGAGACCAAUGCAGAUACUUUUCCACCGUUUGACGACAGUUGGGUUUGUUUUCUUCCACAGAACAUCUGAAAACAACGAAAGGGUACAAGAUGUUUUCUUUAUCCACCCAGAGUCGAACAGGUUAUGGCGCGCCUUCCCGCAUGUGUUGCUUAUAGACUCCACUUACAAGACGAACUGGUACAAAAUGUCGCUAGUUCAGAUUAUUGGUGUCACGUCCACAUACUUAUAG